CCUCCCAAGUCCUUCUUUUCGGAAAAAAACACACUUUCCCUUCCGUUUUUAUUCGAACAAUUGCAAAACGCUGAAUACCUAAAAUUUUGCACUAAUUUCAAUUUUCCCCAUUUAGGGAAAAAAAUCGUUUUUAUUGUUCUUUUUUAAAAAAAUGGAGAAAAACAAAUCUUUCAAAUACUCCUCUCAGGAGCCCGAAUCACCUUAUUCAUGGAAUGCCGAAUUCGGAAUCAGCAACGCAAGCGAUCGGCGUUACGCGUUUUCGCGGCAAUCAUCGUUUAAACAGUCGAUGAGAGAUCCUCAAACGCCCAGCUUUUCCAAUGGUUCCUCCAAGCCUUUCUUAUCGAGGAAUGUUUCAAGCAUCGAUAUACCCCCAGGGUUUUACUCUGUUGACCAUUCAACGGAAGGAAAUUUCGAUGCCAAAGGAUCGGCUGAUAAAUUCUUGGUUUUCGAUUCGGUUUUCUGGGUUUUUCGGGUUAUGAGAACUGGUAAUCGCCAAAUGAAGAGGUUGCUGAUUAUGAUUUCACUUAAUGUGGCGUAUUCUACGGCUGAGUUGGCGAUUGGGCUCUUUACGGGUCGUAUCGGUCUGGUAUCUGAUGCCUUUCAUUUAACAUUUGGCUGUGGUCUCUUGACGUUUUCAUUAUUUGCAAUGGCUGCUUCUCGGAGAAAGCCUGAUAGUGUUUAUACUUAUGGGUACCAAAGACUUGAAGUAUUGUCUGCUUUCACCAAUGCUCUAUUUCUAUUGUUCUUGUCAUUCUCCUUAGCUGUGGAAGCACUUCACGCUUUUAUCCAAGAUGAAUCAGAGCACAAACAUUAUUUGAUUGUUUCGGCUGUGACAAAUCUGUUGGUGAAUCUCAUGGGUGUUUGGUUCUUUAGAAAUUAUGCUCGAGUCAAUCUUGUAUACAGGAAACCUGAAGAUAUGAAUUACCACUCAGUUUGCCUGCAUGUUCUUGCAGAUUCCGUUCGCAGUGCAGGUUUGAUAUUGGCAUCCUGGUUUCUCUCUCUUGGAGUUAAUAAUGCAGAAGUUCUGUGCUUGGGACUAGUUUCGGUGGCAGUCUUUAUGCUUGUCAUGCCUCUAUUUAAAGCUAGUGGUGGUGUCUUGCUUCAGAUGGCACCACCCAAUAUUUCAUCUUCAGCCUUGGCCAAAUGCUGGUGGCAGAUUACGUCCCACGAAGAUGUUAUAGAAGUUUCUCAAGCUCGGUUUUGGGAACUAGUGCCUGGUCAUGUUGUUGGAUCCCUUUCACUUCAGGUGAAGAAAGAGAUGGAUGAUCGGCGGAUACUAGAGUAUGCGCAUAAUUUGUACCAUGAAUUGGGAAUGCAUGAUUUGACAGUGCAAACUGAUUAUGCAUGAACUUUAUCCCCCUUUACGCUCGUUUUUUCAUUGUAUUUAUGAGAUUGGUGAUGGGAAAAGAACCUUGUAUUGUAGUCAUUUUGUCAUCCCAAAUGGAAAGAUUAUGACUAGGGGGGGAUCUUCUUCUUGGGUCAAAUUGACCGUUCAAAAAGCAAUAUUUCAUAUUAAUUUAUAUUAUUUCUCUAAUUAAGAAA